AGAAAAACUAAAAGAAAGAAGGUUUCGACGAAAAAGGAACAAAUUUAGAAGAAGAAAGCGUCAAAUAAUUGAGCUUUAAAAGCGUUAAAUUGGCUUCAAGGUUUCGUUUCUGGAGGCUUCUGUCUCAGAAACGGAGACAAGAGAUGGUUGAGGCCACGGGGAACCGAGGGCUUCCGAUGAGCAUCUUACCAAUGUCUCCUCCUGGCCUUGAAUCUCUUUAUCUGGCAUGCCGUAACGUUUAUCCAGAUCAGUUGAACCCUCUCCAAGUAGCAGCUGUCGUGAAAUUCUGGUUAGGUGGGCCAGACCCUUUAGACUAUAUAAGUAUGUACUCAAAUCCCGGCAACCCCAAGCUGGACAUCCCUCCUCACUGGCAUUAUAUCAGUUUUGGCCUGAGCGAUUUGCAUGGUGAUGGUAGAGUCCAUGAGCGAUCGACACCGGGUGGGUUAAGUGGAUUCGGUUUCGAACUGACUUUCCGCCUUAAAAGGGAACCCGAAGAGACUUCUCCUCCAACCUGGCCAGCCACUCUUUUGCAAUCGUUAGCAAAGUAUGUUUUCCACUCUGGCAACUGCUUUUGCGCCGGUGAUCACAUCUCAUGGCAUCAAGCACUCGACGGGAGCGAAUCCCUCCUUCAGCACAUGCUACUUGCAGUCGAUCCUCAGCUGGAUACUGUCAACACACCUUGCGGAACUGUGGACUUCAUACAGGUCGUCGGUGUGUGCAAAGAGGAGCUUAAAGCGGCCCAGAAAUGGAAUGGCCUCGGGGUUUUGGACAUUCUUAAAAAUAUACCAAGGGGUGCUGGAGGAAGUUUGUGGCUAGUAACUGACAUGAGGAGGGGUGAAACUAUGUAUGAAUUGGAUACAAAUGUUUCCCAGGUGGUUGAAGCCGGUAUUGACAAAGAGGGAUCAAAUUUAAGCGGCGUAACCGCUCAGUGUUCCUGGACCGAUGCAAAUAAAGGAGCAUGUGGAGGAGAAGAAAAUUCAGAGGACAAUAACAUAUUAAGAAACACAAUUUGCGAUGAUGAUGAAAACCCAGUUUUGGCCCAUGGUAGAGGGACGUUUGGCCUGGGUGAACUGGAAUCGAAUGAGUUAUUACAAACAAAAGUUUUGGACAGCGUUCAUUUGACGUUUAACACAGAAGCAGGAGGCCUUUUACCACUGGCAGUCAGAGGGAGGCUGAAACACGGAAGACAUUUUACUUUUAAAUCAGCUAUCGAUACUGUAGCAAUAACACUAGUCGCUGAAUCUGUGACUGGGACGUUUGUUAAUCCAGAUAAGCCUUUGGUGUCCCACGGUCCUUGGCUGCAGGUGCUCGUCCAAGCGGACCUUGUCGAUAGAAUGCUUGAUGACCUGAAACCUUUAUCUUCAGAGCACGUAAUCUUCCCCAAGACGUUUUCUUGGCCGGAUAAAAAUCUUUCAAUUACAAUACUCGCCGAUAAUAGUGUCCUUAACAAAACGCCUCUCCUUCCAGCUGAGACAUAACUCUUUUAGAAUAAGUUUCAUUUUUAAAAUUCAAGUGCCUUAACUAGACAGUAUUAUUUUGUAUAACUUUUAUACAUUUUUAUAUAAAUUAUUUCUUAUAAUAAUAAUUGUAUUUGUGAAAUCAGGGCCGAACCGAUGUAUUCAAGAAAUUAGCCUCAGUUUUUACAUUGUGUGAACACACAAAGGGAAUUUGAUGAGAAAAAAAUUACUCAUAGUAUUGGUAAAUACAUUAAUAAGUGUAUUUAUAUUUAAAAAAAUUGUCAAUAUUAAUUAUUUUAAUCGUCGAUGAAUUGAAAACAAAAAGCGAGAGAAAAAAUCUUAUAUAAUGCAUUCAUCAAAAUGUAAAAUUGUAUGUAUUAGAAUUUAAAUUAUUGGUAAUUAUUUUGAAAUAGAAUUAGGCGAAAUUUCAGAUGUUUGAUACUUUUCUUUUAAGACUAAUGUGUUUGAACUUUUCAACCGAUUUGUUCUCCGAUGUCCGUCCUCAUCACCAAAGAAAUAUUGAACUCUGUCCUUCAUUUUAUUUUUUUUAAACGGAUUUUUGUCAAACGGGUUUUAUCUAUGCUGAGAAAAAAGUUUUUUUCUUUGGCACCCUUCUAGCGCCGAUUUUCAAAUUUUCACGGGUCCGUGUUCAAAAUAAGCUUAGUUUUGUGGCUUUAAUACUGGGUGCUUUAAUAGUGACUGGUUUUUGAAAUUCAACCUGCUCGCUUUGGCCUAGUGGUGUGAGAACAAAUGAAAUAUGACUAUUUUAUCAAUAUUGCUUAGUGUAUUUGUUUUUCUACUUAAUUUUUUUAAACUCUUUUACUACUUAGAUUUUAACUACGUAUUUUUAAUAUUUAUUUUGGUGUUCUGUUUUGUGUCUAAUUACUGCGUUUAACAAAAAAAGUCUGUGAUUGUUAUCAAUAACUUUAUUUAAAACAUUAAUGGAACAUGUUUGUAUAAGAAAAAUUAACCAUAAUAAAUUAUGUGUUUUUUUAA